UGCAAGGCCUUGCGACAGCUGUGGCUCAGUUGUCCCAUUGAAAACUAUGAAGAAAAUGAAGAAAUCUGCAUAUGAGGCUGAGCUUUUGUGCAAACAUUGUGCUAAGCUGCGGAAAUCAAAGCAGUAUUGUGGCAUAUGCAAGAAGAUAUGGCACCAUUCUGAUGGUGGCAAUUGGGUCUGUUGUGAUGGUUGUAAUGUGUGGGUACAUGCGGAAUGUGACAACAUUACCAGUAAACUUUUCAAGGAUCUGGAGCAUACGGAUUACUACUGCCCUGAAUGUAAAUCAAAGUUCAAGCCCGAAUCAUUCUUAGUGAAAAGAGAGCCAAAAAUCAAAUCUACGGAAAAAGGGGGGGAAAGUGGUGUUCCUCCUGACAAGCUAACUGUAGUCUGCAAUGGCAUGGAAGGAACAUAUAUUCCAAAACUUCAUUUAGUUCUAUGUGAGUGCGGGGCAUGUGGGUCAAAGAAGUAUACGCUUAGCGAGUGGGAACGGCAUACAGGCUGUAGAGCCAAAAAAUGGAAGUACAGUGUGAAAGUCAAGGACACAAUGAUACCUCUGGAAAAAUGGAUUGUUGAAUAUAAUGCCUUUGGUGUAAAUACUAUGAAGUUAGAUAAGCAGAAGUUGAUGGGUUUUUUGCAAGAAAAAUAUAAGCCUGUUGAUGCAAAAUGGACAACAGAAAGAUGUGCCAUAUGUCGAUGGGUUGAAGACUGGGACUAUAACAAAAUUAUUAUCUGCAACAGGUGUCAAAUAGCUGUUCACCAAGAAUGUUAUGGGGCAAGCAAUGUUCAAGAUUUAACUUCUUGGGUUUGUAGAGCUUGUGAAACACCUGAUAUUGUGAGGGAGUGUUGCCUCUGCCCUGUAAAAGGGGGUGCUCUGAAGCCAACCGAUGUUGAGUCACUGUGGGUUCAUGUUACAUGUGCCUGGUUUCGGCCUGAAGUUGGUUUCUUGAAUCAUGAGAAGAUGGAACCUGCUGUUGGAAUCAUUAAAAUUCAAUCAAGUUCAUUUUUGAAGAGUUGCGUGAUUUGUAAGCAAACUCAUGGCUCCUGCACCCAGUGUUGCAAGUGUGCAACUUAUUUUCAUGUUAUGUGUGCAUCAAGAGCAGGAUAUAGCAUGGAACUACACUGCUCAGAGAAGAAUGGGAUACAAAUGACGAAAAAGUUAGUGUAUUGUGCUGUUCACAGGAACCCGAAUCCAGAUGCAGUGGUUGUUAUGCAUACUCCUUCAGGGGUUUUUGCUGCCAGAAAUGUACUUCAGAAUGAAAAUGAAUGUCUUAGAGGUUCAAGGUUAAUUUCAUCAAAUAAUGUGGAGCUCCCUGGAUCCCCAUCUUCAGAGACCAAUGAGUUUGAUGCAUACUCUGCUGCAAGAUGCCGUGUUUUUGGAAGAUCAAAUUUUAAGAGGGCUGAAGGGGAGCCAAUAUUUCACCGACUGAGUGGGCCAAGUCAUCAUACUCUAGAUGCAUUAAGUGCAUUGAGCACGUAUAAAGAAGUAGAUGAUUCUACCGUUUUCUCGUCAUUUAAAGAACGACUAUUCCAGUUACAGAGAACUGAGAAUCACCGAGUUUGUUUUGGCAAAUCUGGUAUUCAUGGAUGGGGCCUCUUUGCACGUAGGAACAUUCAGGAAGGAGAAAUGGUCAUUGAGUAUCGUGGUGAGCAGGUUAGGCGUAGUGUUGCAGAUCUUAGAGAGGCACGGUAUCAUUCUGAAGGAAAAGAUUGCUAUCUGUUCAAGAUCAGUGAGGAAGUAGUGAUUGAUGCCACCAACAAGGGGAAUAUUGCACGCUUAAUCAACCAUUCGUGCAUGCCUAAUUGCUAUGCACGGAUCAUGAGUGUCAGUGAUGAGGAGAGUCGGAUAGUUCUUAUUGCUAAGACUGAUGUGUCUGCUGGUGAUGAGCUAACGUAUGAUUAUUUGUUUGAUCCCGAUGAGCAUGAACUAAAAGUUCCUUGCCUAUGUAAAGCUCCCAACUGCCGGAAGUUUAUGAAUUAAGGUCUAUAUUCCUGUUUACCUACAGAAGAAGCAUUAAAGAGCUCCGAACAUGGGGAACCUCUCCCCAUUGACAUAUUUGAUAAAAUCAGAACCGUAACAGACGAGGAAUAUCACAGUGUUUGCCACACAUUGAGCUUGUAAUUCUUUCCUUUUUUUUCCCCAUAACCUCAUUUUUUUGUAAUUCUUUACGAAUAAUAUGUAAAUUUACCAGCUCUUGGUGGCUUUUAUUGUAUAGAUAUUGUUGCACUUUUACCAUCUUACCUUACAAUGUGAGGCUUACGCCAUUUUAUAUAUUA